AUGGGCAGCCUGGCCUCUGGGGGAGACGUGGAACCGGGACUGCCCGUCGAGGUGCGCGGCUCCAACGGGGCCUUCUACAAGGGCUUUGUGAAGGAUGUCCAUGAAGACUCUGUCACCAUCUUCUUUGAAAACAACUGGCAGAGUGAGAGACAAAUUCCUUUUGGGGAUGUGCGGCUACCACCUCCAGCUGACUAUAAUAAGGAGAUCACAGAAGGGGAUGAGGUGGAGGUUUAUUCUCGAGCCAAUGAGCAAGAGCCUUGUGGCUGGUGGCUGGCCCGGGUGCGGAUGAUGAAGGGAGAUUUCUACGUCAUUGAAUAUGCUGCCUGUGAUGCCACCUACAACGAGAUUGUAACCCUGGAACGGCUUCGGCCAGUUAAUCCCAAUCCCCUUGCAACCAAAGGCAGCUUCUUCAAGGUUACCAUGGCUGUUCCUGAGGAUCUAAGAGAAGCCUGUUCCAAUGAAAAUGUUCAUAAAGAGUUUAAGAAAGCAUUGGGAGCGAACUGCAUCUUUCUCAACAUCACAAAUAGUGAGCUUUUCAUCCUGUCAACCACAGAAGCCCCUGUGAAGCGUGCAUCCCUGCUGGGUGAUAUGCAUUUUCGAAGCCUGCGCACCAAACUGCUACUCAUGUCUCGAAAUGAAGAAGCAACGAAACAUCUAGAGACCAGUAAGCAGUUGGCAGCAGCAUUCCAAGAGGAGUUCACAGUGCGAGAGGACCUGAUGGGACUGGCAAUUGGGACUCAUGGUGCCAACAUCCAGCAGGCCCGAAAAGUACCUGGAGUGACUGCCAUUGAGUUGGGUGAAGAAACCUGUACUUUCCGCAUCUACGGGGAGACUCCUGAGGCAUGCCGACAGGCCCGAAGCUAUCUUGAGUUUUCUGAGGACUCUGUGCAAGUGCCUAGGAACCUGGUUGGCAAAGUGAUUGGAAAGAAUGGAAAAGUAAUCCAGGAGAUCGUGGAUAAAUCUGGUGUGGUGAGGGUUCGAGUAGAAGGUGAUAAUGACAAGAAGAACCCCAGGGAGGAGGGAAUGGUUCCCUUCAUAUUUGUUGGCACUCGAGAGAACAUCAGCAAUGCUCAGGCUCUGUUGGAAUAUCACCUCUCCUACCUGCAGGAGGUGGAGCAACUUCGCUUAGAGAGGCUACAAAUUGAUGAACAGCUUCGGCAGAUUGGGCUGGGCUUUCGCCCUCCUGGGAGCGGGAGGGGCACCGGAGGCAGUGACAAAGCUGGAUAUACCACGGAUGAGAGCUCCUCCUCCCUGCAUGCCACGCGAACCUAUGGGGGCAGCUACGGGGGCCGGGGCCGGGGCCGGAGGACGGGCGGUCCUGCCUAUGGCCCCAGCUCAGAUCCAUCUACAGCUUCUGAGACCGAGUCUGAGAAGAGGGAAGAGCCUCUCCGAGCUGGGACAGGAGACCCCCCAACCCGGGGGGAAGAGAGCCGGAGGCGGCCAGUUGGGGGCCGGGGUAGGGGACCUCCACCUGCUCCCCGGCCUACUUCGAGAUACAACUCUUCAUCUAUUAGCUCAGUGCUGAAGGAUCCAGACAGUAAUCCCUACAGCCUCCUGGACACAUCGGAACCAGAGCCUCCGAUUGAUUCAGAGCCUGGGGAGCCCCCCCCAGCGAGUGCCAGGCGCCGCCGCUCCCGCCGCCGGCGCACGGAUGAAGACAGGACUGUGAUGGAUGGAGGCCUGGAGUCUGAUGGGCUCAGCACGACAGAAAACGGCCUGGAAGACGAAUCCAAACCUCAGCGACGAAAUAGGAGCCGCCGCCGCCGUAACCGCGGUAACCGUACUGAUGGUUCUGUCAGUGGAGAUCGCCAACCAGUGACUGUGGCUGACUAUAUCUCCCGAGCAGAGUCUCAGAGCCGCCAGCGGCCAACCCUGGAGCGCACUAAACCCUUAGAGGACUCUCUUUCAGGACAGAAGAAGGGUGACUCUGUCAGCAAGCUUCCUAAGGGCCCCUCAGAGAAUGGGGAGCUCUCUGUUCCCCUGGAGUUGGGUAGUUUGGUGAAUGGGGUUUCAUAA